AUGUAUCACCUUGACGUAGACCAAAUCCUGGAAGAUUAUGCCUGGAAGGAUUUUAGAGACAUCCAAUCUGUGAAAAAGACUCGAUUGGAUGACUUCAAAAACUUAGACAGAGAUGAUUGUGAAUUUGUCAUUAAUCGAAAAAAUUUGGUGACGAUCCAUAAUGAUCCCUCAUAUUCUCAUAUGAUGCCUGCUGGCGCAAAGCCUUACACUCUGUUCAAAUCUGUUUAUACAAACAACACUGAUAGACCUCAGGAGUAUUCCUUCAAAACUGAGAGAACUACUGAGUCGCUUUGCGCUGUUGCUAGAGAACAAGGCUAUACAAUCGGUGCUGAAGCCGAACUAACUCUGAAAACACCAUGUGAAAUAGCUGAGCUGAAAGCUGGGUUCAAACAUGAAAUGCAUUUCAACAAUCUCAGCGAAAAUUGCCAAACUGAAGCUCUUUCAUGGGGAGUAGACAGCAAUGUGCAGGUUCCUGCACAUUAUAUGACUGAAGCUAGUAUUGUUAUCGAAGAAAUGAACUAUCGUGGCUCUUACUCAGUCACUAGCAAACUGUUCGGCGCUGUCACCAUAUCAAUUCGUAGACGCAAAGAUAAUGUUCUAGUUCAUGUUGGUCGAGCUCAGGUUUCCGAAAUAUUCCUAAAUCUUCUCAAUUCAUCGAACUGCAAGAAGGAAAUCAAGCAAAUAGUAUCCGUUACACCAAACAGGGAAGUUCAUCUGCUCAGCAAAGGAACUUGCCAGUUUCAGUUCGCUAUGAAUCAACGUAUAGAUCUCCAGGAACGGCCGAUUAAAAACACUUAA